UGCCGGGAUAACGAAGGUCGAAAUGUAGUUUUAUUUUAAAAAUCAAUUUUAUUCUAUCUGACGCCCGGUAUCCCUCACAAAAAUUAAUUCUAAUGCCUCAUUUAUUGCUUGACUGAUGGUGUACCGAUAUUUGAGUAGAAUUCGCACAAUUCCGUUCCUAUUUUCGAAGCAAGGUGCUGCACAAGUUUGUUUUCGAGAGUACUCUUCAAUUAGUGUUAGUAAAAUGGAAAAAACAAAAUCAUUAAAAGACUUAGGAUACGGGUUCAACUCUGCUGGACAGCUAAGAAAAUUAGGUGCUAAUGGAGAAGUUGCAGAUGAGCAAUUCCAGUUCAACAUAAGCGAUAAUCAUCAAGAAUGCCAAGCGCAUUAUGAAGAAAUAGGUAAUGCCGUAACUCCAUAUGUUUAUGACCUUUUGGAGACUCAAGAGAAAUUGACUAGGCUGCCUAUUCCUAAGAAUGCACCACUGGGAAGUGGAACAUUUAUAUUUGCCUCUGAAAACUAUGAUGAAAAAGAUAUUUUAUUAGUUUUAAUUCACGGUACGGGUGUUGUCCGUGCUGGUCAGUGGGCUAGAUCCCUAAUUAUCAAUGAAAGUUUACACUGUGGUACGCAGAUUCCUUACAUUCGAAAGGGUAUAAACAAAGGGUACGGUGUCAUAGUACUGAAUACAAAUGACAAUUUCACAGUAAAUGGAAAAAAAAUACCUGAAAGUGGAACUGCAGAGGAACACGCUCAAUAUGUAUGGGAGACAUACAUAGCAAAGACGAAAGCUAAAUCAAUUUUGAUUGUAGCUCACAGUUACGGUGGAGUAGUGACCCUUGCAUUAGCUGAUGAGAACACAAAAGAUUUUGAGAAUAGAGUUAAAGCUGUAGCUUUUACUGAUUCUGUACAUGCUUAUUCUAAUAAUAAAGUACCUAAGUAUUUAUUACAGAUUGCCACUAACUGGAUAUCCAGUCCGGAACCCCUGGACACACCUUUGAAGAGUCCAGAAUUUGACAUUCCAAGAGUAUCAGCAGGGGCUGGGGCAACUCGGUCCCAGCAAUCGGUACCCGCCUCUGGUGGAGUACGGCGCCGCAUGGCAUGGACGAUUGAUAUGAAUAAAAAUGCCAUGCGGGCCUAUUUUAGGGCCUCAGGUUCGGGAACCGGACGGACAGGUUAUCGAGCAGUAAUGUACCGCGAAUUUAUUCGGCUGGAGCCAACUUUGACCGUCACAGAACAAAACCUGGCGGACCGAGUUCGGUACCUACAGCGCUCAGGACUUUUUAGCGCUGCCGAACUCGAGCAAUUACGAUGCGAGGCUGUUCCUCCACUGGAAGAAGAGCCACCCAGGCUGGAGCGCUCUCCUGUUCUCAGCAGGGAAGUUCACAGGGAACCUAGUGCUCAGCAGCCGGAUACGGGUGGUACUGAAAGUGAUUGGGGAACAGCCGCCCUGGAUUUGGAAGCGUUGAGGAGUAGUCUGGAGGAGACGAUUCUGGAAUAUCGCCACGUGCCUCUCGAGCGAAGGCCACGGCUGCCUCGAGUGCCUCUCAGUAUCAAGGUUCGGGAUGCCGUUGGGGCCAUUAACAACAUGCUUCCCUCAUUUUUAGAGGAAAGCGUAGGCCUUUGGGAGACAGACUCAAUUCUCUUCGCUGCCGCAAUGACUGUGUGUCAAUUUGUCGGCGUCAGGAUACCGCCAACAAGACCCGGCGGUAACCACCAGGUUGGCAGCACUACUCCUAGGACUAGUACUAAGCCAGCCUGGAUGAGGCGAAUUGAGGGUCGUAUAGCAUGGGCCAGGGUCCUCAUCGGCAAACUGACUAGCUUCAGAUCAGGCGUCACAAGGCCGAGAGUGAUGCGCUUUGUCCGAGAAGCAUUCCCCGGUGAGAACAUUUUUGUAGACUCACCGGAGUUUGCACGAAAACUGACAGGGCGCAUCGAUGAUCUGAAGCAGAAGAUAGCUGCUUGGGGCAAGCGGAUUCGGCGAUAUUCCGAAAGGGUGAAGAGGUAUCGGCAGAAUCGUCUCUUCAUGAGUGACCAAAAGAAGUUUUAUAGGACACUGGAGCGUCCUGAUGUGGUCUUGACGGGUGAGCGUCCGGACAAAGCAGAAGUGGUCGCCUUUUGGCGAAGGCUUUGGUCGCAGCCCGUCGAUCACGAAGAGGGUCCAUGGUUCGAAGCGGUCGAGGGAGCAUGUGCAACCAUAGCGCCUAUGAAUCCCAUCAGCAUAUCCGAAGAGGAUGUAGCGGUAGCGGUCCGUAAGGCUCCGAACUGGAAAAGUCCGGGACCGGACGGACUGCAUCAUUAUUGGCUGAAGGGGUUCUGGUGCUGCCACGCUACUCUCGCUCGUCAGUUCCAAAGUGCCCUUGAGAGUGGGACGCUCCCAAACUUCUUAACUACUGGGGUCACUCAUUUAGCUCCAAAGAGCGAUGCUACCGUGGAUCCAUCACAGUAUCGCCCCAUAACUUGUCUUUGUACAAUAUACAAGACUUUAACAUCUGUUUUGAGCUCCAAGAUAAGUCAGCACAUUGUUGAUAACAGUGUGAUGUCUGAGGCUCAGAACGGAUGUAGGGGCGGUAGCCGCGGUAGUAAGGAGCUGCUCCUCAUCGACGCGGUCGCUGGCCAACUUGUCAGACGCAACCGUCGGAAUUUCUCCGCUGCCUGGAUAGACUAUAGGAAAGCGUUCGACUCGGUGCCCCACUCAUGGCUCUCGAGGGUCCUCGAACUGUAUAAAAUUGACAGUGCAGUUCGACACUUCCUCGGGCAAUGCAUGGGAUGUUGGAGAACGAUCCUGAGUCUGGACGGUCGGCGGAUGACGGAUGCGGAUGACCGAAUAGAAAUAAGGCGAGGUAUUUUCCAGGGCGAUUGUCUGAGUCCACUGUGGUUUUGCCUGGCCCUGAACCCUCUGAGUACUCUAUUGGAGAGGUCGGGCACAGGCUUUCAGUUUCGGAGAGGUGGGCCGCGAAUGCCUCACCUUCUCUACAUGGAUGAUCUCAAGCUAUACGGCCCCACAGCUGACAGAUUGACGGAGCUGCUGACAAUCACCAACGAUUUCAGCAGUUCGGUUAGGAUGGAGCUUGGGAUCGAUAAGUGCGCGGUGGUCCAUGUUGAGAGGGGACGUGUCAUGCAUUCUGAUGGCAUUAAUAUUGGCACCAAUCACCUGCGGGUACUCUCCGAGACUGAAACAUACCGGUAUUUGGGCAUGUCACAAACCAUCGGAGUGAAGGAAGCAGACGUGAAACAGGGUGUGUGCGAGGUUUUUUAUGGGCGCCUGAAAAAUGUGCUAAACAGCUAUUUGUCAGGCGUUAAUAAGAUCCGAGCUUAUAACUCCUGGGUCAUGCCUGUUCUGAUGUACACAUUUGGCGUGCUCAAAUGGACUCAGACGGAAUUAGACGCUCUGGAUAGACGAGUCCGCACGACGAUGACCUCUCACCGAAUGCAUCAUCCGAGAUCGUCAGUUAUGAGAUUGUAUGUCCCGCGGAAGUGUGGAGGUAGAGGCCUAUUAAGUGUCAAAACCAUGCACAACCGCGAGAUAUGCAGUCUCAGAAACUACUUUUUGACGAUGACGGAUGACGUAAUUCGUGGAGAGGUUGUCACAUGUGAUAAAGGGCUAACUCCCUUAUCGUUGGCCAAAGAGGAAUGGCGAGACCCGGUGGUGCUUAGCACUUCUGACCGCGAGUCCGUAUGGAAAGAGAAGGAGCUCCAUGGGAGGUUCUUCAAG